AUUUCAAAAUAUAUUUCGGAUAUUCUUUCUUUCCAUUUUUCUCAUCUGAGACACACAAAAUUACAAUAAAAUAUUCGCUAAAUUUUUCAAAAGUAAAUAAAAAACUACGCCAAUUUCCUUGCAAUGUUUAGCGGAUUAACUUGUGAGCUUAAGUCAACAAUACUGCGUGCAUUUUUGCAACGACAAAAUGCCUUCCAAUUCAAUGUAUGCCAUCCAAGAAAGAAAGCUGUAGGUGCCUCCCAACAGUUGACAGAAAUUACAACAGCGUGUGCAGCUCGAACUGAUAAACUACAUCCGUUUGUGCCGUUCCAGUCGACAUGCCGACCAUUUGCACCUGUCAUGCAGCCGCUGCGAAGGCUACACAACGACAUGAAGGUUCCGGAUUUCUCUGAUUAUCGUCGUGAAACGAAGAACUCAGACGAUCCAAAUGACAGUUGUGCAGAGAAGCGUAAAGCCUUCUCUUACAUGAUGGUUGCAGCUGGCGCUGUCGGCAGUUGCUAUGCGGCCAAAGGCUUAGUAAACAUGUUUAUAAGCUCAAUGGGCGCAACAGCUGAUGUGUUAGCGGCGGCCAAAAUCGAGAUCAAGUUAAAAGACAUACCCGAGGGCAAGUCGGUUACAUUUAAGUGGCGUGGUAAACCACUAUUCAUAAGGCAUCGCACAGAGGCCGAAAUCGAAGACGUACGUUCAGUUAAUUUGGCAACCUUACGCGACCCAGAGUCGGAUGAUAAGCGAGUCAAGGAUCCAAAUUGGCUAGUGCUUAUAGGCGUCUGUACACACUUGGGUUGUGUGCCAAUCGCAAAUGCAGGAGAUUUCGGUGGUUACUAUUGUCCUUGUCAUGGGUCACAUUUCGAUGCGUCCGGUCGUGUACGCAAAGGCCCUGCACCGCUGAAUUUAGCAGUACCACAUUACGAGUUUAUCGACGAGGACACACUUGUUGUAGGCUAAGCAAGGGAGGAGAAUAAUAUCAAAAUGCGCCUUAAUUUCAAAGAAGAGACUGACGUAGUAACAGAUAUAAAGCGGAGAGGAGUAACUUCAAGCAAAGUUAUAUAUUCGUAGCGCAUUUAGUUGCAUGUGUCAUGCAUUCAUAGACUAUAGAUUGCUACGGCCCUGUAACAAAAAUGAAUUUUUAGAGUAGACAAUAAAACUGUGGAAGAAUGGAAAAGUAUUUUAAUAUUUUUGGCAGGAACAAUAAACAGACCUAUAAUAUGACUUAGUCUACCCUAGCAAGUCGCCUUGGCGUCAAAUCUUUGUGCAAGUUAAAAAAAAAGCUAAAUUCAAUCCCGACAGGCAUGCAGUACAUUUGAGUAUGUCGGGGACGGAUUUUACCGUGCAAAUUGAAGGAAAAAGUUCUGAGCGUUUUCUUCCAGAAACUUUUAGUGAGCCAUAUCUUGCGAUGUACGUAUGUACUCUCCGUUUAAUUAAAAACAAUAGAAAUGCAGCAGAAAAGCGGUGGCACCAAAAAU